GAGAUCCAUAUCCCGAAACAAACCCGUUCCGCAAGAGACUUUUCUCCAGCGGUCGACGGUUGUAUGUGGACUCGUUUUCCCUGGAAACGUUCGAAGGAAAGUACCGCGGAAAAUGCGCCAAAAUGAAAAUCGUGGUACGGAAUGUGAUCGUUUUGCUCGCGUUCGUCGCUUAUAAUUAUUUUUGUUUGGCGAAGGAGGGACAACUGGUGACGGUCGGUGCGUUUGUCAACGAGGAUCAGCCAGGCAGCGACCUAAACUGGGAUAUACUAAAAAACAAUCUUAAGCCAGAAAUCGCUUGUCAGGCAGAAGUGACCACUGUGCCACAGCAGGACGUGUAUGAAACCGUUAGGACCUUUUGUAACGCCUCGUCCAGACUCCCUUACACAGCAAUUAUCGGACCCAAGAGUCACGUGAGCACCGAGGCGAUCGAAUCGAUAUGCUCCUCACUGACGAUCCCUUACUUCCUCACCCACUGGUCUUUUACUCCUUACUUUAAAGAAACGCCCAAAAGCACUUUUAAUUUGUAUCCGGAGUCUUUGACUUUUUCACAAGCAUUAGUCUCAAUUGUAUUAAGUCUUGACUGGCCAAAGUUCGUCGUCGUAUACGAGAACGCCGAUAGUCUUUCGAGGUUGCAAGACGUCUUGAAGAUACAGGCGUAUGAGGAGGGGAGCGGUCAAAAUGAGAUUUUUGUUAAGAGUCUUGGACCCGGACCUGACUAUAGGCCCCUUUUAAAGAACAUAACCAGUUUGGUGCCUAGAAGAAUUAUCCUGGAUUGUCACGUGGACAAGAUCAAGGACAUCUUGCUGCAAGCCAAAGAAGUGAAACUCCUCAACGAUCUCUCCACUAGCAUCUUCCUCACUUCUCUGGACGCACAUACGUUGGAUUACACGGAUAUAGGCAUGGUGACGAACAUCACCACAAUACGCCUGUUUAAUCCUUAUGAAAAACAGAUCCAAGACAUCGUGAGUACUUAUUAUCGAGAUAUUUCUCCGGAGAAACUUAAGGUGGAGACCGCUUUACAGCACGACAGCAUGCUGCUCCUGGCCAAAGCCGUUAACACCCUAUAUGAGGAAGAACCUCAUCUAGACCAUUUAUCCACGUUUAAAGAGUGUAGUGGCAGGAACCGUUAUAGGGACAGAACGGGGAUUAAACUGAUGCAACAGUUGAAAUCGACCGAAAUCGACGGUUUGACCGGCAAAGUGCUCAUCGAAGAGGGCCAAAGGACCACAUUCGAGCUGGAAAUCAUCGAGAUCCGAUAUCCAGAGAAACCGAUAGGGAUCUGGCACUCGGAUACGCCGCAAUCGGUUCAACUGACCCGUAACGCCACCGAGAGGGAGCAGCAGCUGCAACAGAGGAUGAUGGACCAUAAUUUCAUCGUUAGUUCCAAGAUCGGUAAGCCUUAUUUGAUGCCCUCGGAGAUAGAGGGGGCCAGGGGCAACGACAGAUACAAAGGGUUUUCUAUGGACCUCAUGACAGAAGUGGCCAAACUGAUGGAUAUCACGUUCGACUUUGUCAUUACGGCCACUGAUAAUCCGGCCGGGAUCGUCAGCGAUCUGAUUAAUAGGAGAGCAGAUUUGGGCAUAUGUGAUCUCACAAUAACCGAAGAGAGAAGUCGAUUGAUCGACUUCAGUGCCCCAUUUAUGAACCUGGGCAUCGCGAUUCUGCAUAAGGAAAUCGACCAGGAGGAGAUUGACAACAUGUACGCGUUCAUGAGACCAUUUUCCUGGACCGUAUGGAUCUACACCAUCACACUCUUCCUUGUCCUUUCCAUCGUUAUACUCGUCAUAGCUCGACUGGAUCCCGACGACUGGGAAAACCCGCAUCCGUGCAACCCGAACCCCGAAGAACUGGAAAACAUUUGGGGCAUCAAAAACUGUCUGUGGCUCACUCUGGGGUCGUUUAUGACCCAAGGGUGUGACAUUUUACCGAAGGGCGUAUGCUCGCGAAUCGCCACCGCCAUGUGGUGGUUCUUUUCCCUCAUUAUGACCAGCACUUACACGGCCAAUUUGGCCGCUUUUCUUACUGCUUCCAAGCAAGAGGACUCGCCUAUUAAGGACGUCGAAGGGCUGGCCAAUCAGAAUAAGGUCAAAUAUGGUUUAAUGCGUGGAGGUUCAACUCAAUCGUUCUUCGAGCACUCGAACAACUCGCUGUACCAGAAAAUGUGGGCCACCAUGAAAAACGAAAAUCCGAGCGUUUUCGAGGACAGCAACGACAAGGGGGUGGAGAGGGUGAAAAACACGAAACACGCCCUCUACGCGUUUCUUAUGGAAUCCGCCCAGAUCGAGUACGAAAUGAACCGCAGGUGCGACCUCAAGAAGGUCGGACUCUAUCUGGAUUCAAAGAGUUACGGAAUCGGGAUGCCUUUAGGGGCUGUCUAUAGACACAAGGUGAACGCGGCCAUCUUGACCCUACGCGAAACUGGCAAAAUACUGGAACUAAAAGAAAAAUGGUGGAAAUCCGAGAGCGGACACACGUGCGACGAAGGUCCGGGGGAUGACAAUAACGAGGCCUUAACCCUCGCGAAUGUCGGGGGCGUUUUCAUCGUUCUGGGGGCCGGUUUGGGUCUCGCAUUCCUCUUGGCCAUCAUCGAGUUCUUAUGGAACGUGCACAGCAUAUCGGUGGACGAGCAUAUGACCUACAUGGAGGCCCUCAAGUGCGAAUUGAAGUUCGCGUGCAACAUCACGGUGACGAAGAAGGCGGCGAAACCGGUAAUAUCGGAGUCCUCUUCCUCCUCCUCCGGAAGAGAUAAGAGUGUCUCCAAGACCAUUUUGGCGGGAGCAGGCUCGUUUUUGAAUAUAAAUGCCAGUGUGCUUAACAGAUUAGGCCACUUAAGGGACUUGGAAUCUUGCGAGUGAUUAUGUUAAAGAAUUGUGCCUAUAGGUUCAAAAAAUUAAUAAAAUUAUUCAAGCUUU